UGAAUUAUUAGUCUAAAUACACAUGCUUUCUUGCACAAGUGGGCUUAGAGUAGUGUCAAGCGGAACCUAUGGCAUUGGAAUAUUGUUUCGGACUGCUUAAUACGGACAACUUCCUUUUCCUCUUUGGAAGUCAUCUGGAAAAACGUGCCUACAUUGCUCCAAAGGUUAAUCUUUAUUUAACAGCUGAUGUGUGACUUAAUCAUCUGAGAUCUGAUGCCAUGGACCAAGAAAUAGAAAGCAGGAUUCGAAAUUGACUUCAACAUGCACCAGAUAGGAAGGAUGCUGCCACAGAGAGCUCGAAGCAUUCCAGCAAGCUGUGAUGGAACAGAGUAAGGCUGUGGACAUGACAAGAGAUCUCUGCAGAGCUCCCUUCCAGUCACAACACCAACAUUAGAAAGUGGAGAAGCCUUUUAUCUGAAAUUAAUGUCAGUAGUGUUGCAGAGGCAGCCUCUAGCUGCGCUGCCAGAUCUAAGACAGUCCAUGGAGGCGUGGCCUCAACAGUUCCCAUGCUGCUGCCACUGGUAACACCAGCCAAGUGAACAGCGAUGCCUUCUAAGGUCUCCUGCUUAUACUUGCUGACAGUGGUUUGCUGGGCCAGUGCUCUGUGGUACCUGAGUGGUUCUCGCCCCUCCACUUCCUACGAGGGCCAGCUAAACAUCCCUGUACGCAAGACGACCAAGUUGAACAAGAACGCCACCUUCAGCAAUAUUCGCACACACUCACUCAACCCACAUGACUUCGGUUACCUCAUCAACGAGGCCAAGAAGUGCGAGGCAGAGCCACCCUUCCUCGUCAUCCUGAUCAGCACCACUCACAAAGAGUUUGAUGCCCGCCAGGCCAUCAGAGAGACAUGGGGCGAUGAGAGUACGUUUCCAGACAUGCGUGUGGUCACCCUCUUCCUAUUGGGCCGCAGCACUGAUGCCGUCCUCAACCAGAUGGUGGAGCAGGAGAGUCAGAUCUUUCAUGACAUUGUAGUGGAAGAUUUUAUUGACUCUUACCACAACCUGACGCUUAAGACGCUGAUGGGCAUGCGCUGGGUGGCCACCUUUUGUUCUAAGGCUCAAUAUGUCCUCAAGACAGACAGCGACAUCUUCGUCAACAUGGAGAACCUCAUCUACAACCUCCUGAAACCCACCACCAAGCCCAGGAGGAGGUACUUCACUGGCUACGUCAUCAACGGUGGGCCAAUCAGAGACAUGCGCAGUAAGUGGUACAUGCCCCGGGAUCUAUACCCAGAGAGCAAGUACCCCCCCUUCUGCUCUGGCACUGGAUACGUCUUCUCAGCAGAUGUGGCCGAGCUCAUAUAUAAGACCUCAUUACACACCAGGCUGCUGCACCUGGAGGAUGUGUACGUUGGCGUGUGCCUUCGCAAACUUGGCAUUCACCCCUUCCAGAACAGUGGCUUCAACCACUGGAAGAUGGCCUACAGCCUCUGCCGCUACCGCCGGGUGGUCACUGUCCACCAGAUCUCCCCUGAGGAGAUGCACCGUAUCUGGAAUGAUAUGACCAGCAAGAAGCACUUGAAGUGUUAGCAGGACUGUUAGCACCAGCACCAGUGGGAGAGUCAGGGAGGAAGUGAAUGGCCUCUCAUCACCUGCUUUUCCAUCACUGGCAAAUCCUGUGUAGCACAUAGCACUGAGCUGAAGGAACAGUACUGACGAGGCUUUGUCUCUAUCCCAGGAGUCUUUAUAGUGCAAAGCCAAAGCCAACUCUGUAUUAUUCAAGGUGUUUAUGAGUGCCACUCAGCCCCAGACUCACAAAUUAGGCACAAAGCUGGAAAUAUUUUCCAAGAAUGUGAAAAAAGAUCAGCCUGUCGGUUCUCAUUGCCAGCAGGACCAGGAUUUUUAUAGGAAGUUACACAGCAGGAAGCGCAGAGGCUUGUGUUAAACUGCUCAUUUAUAUGAGACACAAACUGUCCCUAGUUAAGACACAACACAUUACAUAAAUGCCAACAACGCUUCUGGAACUUAGACAUUUGCCUCUUGGGUUGAGCUCUAAUUAUGAAUGUUUCUCAUGUAUUUUCAGUUGUUGUACUUGCUGACCAAGGUGUUAGUGUUGGAUGUAGCAUCUGGCACCACAGGAGCUAUCGUCAUUGUUCAAUCCGUGGUGAGUUUACAGCGUAAUGACUCAUUUAAAUAGGUGGAUCAUUUUGCUCUGACUUUAGGAAAGUAGUGGAUUAGGAGUAUUAAUGACAGGAGCUGUUUGCCUCUGUAAUAUUGUUUUCAGAAUCAGACGUAUCUUCUUACAACAGGUCCACAGACAGUGUGAAGACACAGGCUGCUUGCAUUCUGUAUAUGUGUUAUGUGCAGUUAUUUGUCUAUGAGCAGGCUGCAGACUAUUAUUUUUUCUAUUACUCAAACAAGAAGGAGAACAGAUGUACUGAGGGACAAGUGUGUAAUGAGGACAAAAAUUACAUUUUUGAGUGCUUUCUUCUUUUGCAUUACUUGAGAUUAAAUAAACAGCUUUUGUAUUUAUUAGAGAAAACAAUAUAAAAGUUUUUAUUCUGGUCAAUUUAAUACACACACCCUGUAAGUUAAUAAACCCACAGCCAUAUACUGUACAGAGAUUAGACGCUGAAGUGUUGGAAAACAUGACCUGCAGAAGUGGAAGUGUCUCUUUAGGAGUGCCAGCUGUCAACACAUCAUGCGAGGCCCUGCAAACAACACUGCCAUGUCCUUUUCUGUGCAGGUGUUGGUGUGUGUGUGCAUUAGCAGAGAGCAGACUGCGAUUAAUCAAAUAUAGCAUCUGUGCAACUGGCACUUGAAUGGCUGUUUUCACCCAAUUUGUGUAUGUGCUAUGUAGUUGAAGUAUGGUUAAUCACUUUGCUGUCAUUAGUGAGGACAGAUAGCCUCUGAUAUGACAUGUACAUAAAUGCCGGUCCUGGGCAUUGUGUUGGUCAGAGAGAACCGGAGACUUUUAUGCUCACACUGCAGGCUACAGAUCAACUGAUCAGCCACACUGCUCACAUUGGGCAUUUCAACCAGCUCAGUUCAGGCAUCACAGAAUCGGACACCCUGAAGAGAACCAACACAUGUACACACUCACUCACACACACAUACUCUAUGUGUGCCUGUAGGCAUGAGCGAGUGUGUACAUGUGUUGGAUUUCUGAACUCUUUGUUACAGGCACCACCAUCACCAUCAUCAUCAUCAUCAUCCCAGGGAGCAGCAGCACCACUCCUGAGGGAUUUGCUGCUGGAGAAAUGAAAAAUGUCUUCUCUUCUGUGCUCACAAAGAUAAACAUAAAAAUGUUGGAAGUACUUGUGGUAAAGCUUUUUUUCCUCAAACUGUUUUCGCUUGAAAAACCUUGUGGGAGCUUGUAAGCAGAAAGCACACCAUUGCUGUUGAGAUUUCUUCAUAAUAAAAACUAUUCCUGGUUGGUGUCUUUACAUCAAAUCCUUCUUUGUGAUCAGUUUCUAGGGCAGUUUUUAAGCUGAAAUAUCACAGAAGCCAUUUUGUUCCAGUUGAUCAGUUUGUUCUUUGGUUUACUGUGUGGAAAAGAAUUAA